GAGCGCGCAGAGGAGAGAGACGGAUAGGAGGAAAGGAGGAAGAGGGAAGCGGCGAGAGACGACGGCGAAAAUCGCAAUCAUGGAGUCCUGGCAGCGAGAGCCUGCAGCGCAAGAUCGAACACAUCUGCAAUUAUUUUAAUUCGUCGAAGGAGAGAGAGAGAGAGAAAGAGAGAGAGAGAGAGAGAGAGAGAGAGAGAGAGAGAGAGAGAACAUACAUAUCUGUAUAUAUUUUUAUACAGGGGGCCUCGUAUCAACGGAGACUGUCUGAGCAAGCGUCUCACGGAUGCUCCUACUGUAUUGUGGGUUAUAUCCUAAUUUGCUUGCCGAAGAUUCAUCACUGGUACCCGGCAACGCAGUGUGUCCAUCCUUCAACGCUGACUCUGAUGGGAGGCAGAACAAAUACAUUAUUAAUACGUACACUGUGCUGAAUCGAAGGAAAGGCAGCUUGUCAGUUUUUGUUGUACAUUUUUGUUGAUUUGUGCAAUGUGAGCCCGCUUGCCUCGGCUGUUUCCUUGCCGUUUGAAAGUAGGUGGAGGGGAAUCGCAUAGGAUUUUAUUCGUCGCUUCUGAAUGACUUCCCGGUGUUUAAUUAAUCGCAUUUUAAUCAGCUGGGAGUGAAACCUCGUGAAAACGGAGAAUCGUGGCGUAAUAAUCUGAAUAAUAAGACGCCGCGGUGCUGACCUUCACAUAAUUAACAAAACCGUUAUUUCUUUGGACCUUUUUUUUAAACCACAUCCUCUGACAACGGGAGCAUUUUCGCGGACCCGAAGGAGGAAGAUAAAGGGGAGACAGAGACAAGGGGAGAGCAAAAAAAAAAAAUCAUAGGCAGAUAAUUGGUAAAAAUGCUGCCCUCACAAGAAGCCUCCAAGAUUUACCAUGACAACUACAUGCGAAACUCGCGGGCCAUAGGGGUACUGUGGGCGAUAUUCACCAUAUGCUUCGCCAUAAUUAAUGUGGUGGUCUUCAUUCAGCCCUACUGGAUCGGGGACAGCGUGAAUACCCCGCACGCCGGCUACUUCGGCUUGUUCCAUUACUGCGUCGGGAACGGCAUCUCCAGCCGGGAGCUCACUUGCCAGGGAACCUUCGCCGACUUCAGCUCCAUCCCCUCCGGCGCCUUCAAAGCGGCCUCCUUCUUCGUGCUGCUGUCCAUGGUCCUCAUCUUGGGCUGCAUCGCUUGCUUCGCCCUCUUCUUUUUUUGCAACACCGCCACCGUCUACAAGACAUGCGCCUGGAUGCAGCUGCUCUGUGCUGUGUGCCUGGUCCUGGGCUGCAUGAUCUUCCCGGACGGCUGGGACGCGGAGGUGGUGCGGGACAUGUGCGGGGAACAGACAGGGAAGUACACCCUGGGGAACUGCUCUGUGCGCUGGGCCUACAUCCUGGCCAUCAUCGGCAUCCUGGACGCCCUCAUCCUCUCCUUCCUGGCCUUCGUGCUCGGCAACCGGCAGACCGACCUGCUCCAGGAGGAGGUCAAGGCGGAGAACAAAGAUUUUGCAGUGUCCAGGAUUGAGAUCCGGGACAGCAAAGACCCGAGGUUUGGAAUCCAGCGGUUCCACUAGGCUGGUCCCUGUCUCUGCCACCUCCUCCUGCUCCUCCUGCUCUUUCUGCACCUCCUCCUCCUGCUCCUCCUCUCCUCCUCUCCACCACCCUCCCCUCGUUGCACUCUUCAGGUGAAAAGCCCCACCUCAGCUUGGAGCCGUGCAUAGAGCCGUUUGUAAUAUAGAACUGGAAUGGAAUCAAUCUAACAAAAGAGGAAAAUAAUUCAACAUAAAUACAUCUGUUUGAAGAAAAAUAUAAGAAUAUAUUAAA